AUGGAGGCGGACCACACCACGCGGGUGCCUGUCAAGGACCUCUCUUGUGUCGGCGAGGUCGCUGCCCUUCAACAUCUUGACGGCCUUACCUGGGCAGACGUGAAGAAGAUGCUAAACUCCCGGUCGGCGCGGGUCUCCGAUGACCCGCGCAUGAUGGCAGUUGUGGCUGAGAUCCAGAAGAAGGAGUCGGACGACUGCGUGCUGGGAAUCAUUUCCACCUCAGCCUACAUGACUCCCGCCUACUACCCGAAGCAUCGGAACUUGGCCCGCAUCCUUGGCACGGACGUGAACUUGCUCUCAGUGAACGUUUCGUUCUAUGAGGCGCUGCGCGCUGGGUUCCCGAUCUUCAGCCUCUUUGAUGACAUGUCGACGCCGGAGUUCCGGGCCUGGUUCCACACCCCGGAGUGUGUGCAGAUACUGGAUUCCUUCCGUGACCGCCCCGCUUGCUCCGCAGCAGCUGCGCAAAGCCUGCGGAAGCGGCUGGAGGAGGAGCGGAACGCCGGCCUGAUCUCCGGGCAUGGACGCCGCCUCAUGCUCACUGCGAUCGAAAUCUUCGACACUGAGGCCUGCGAAUGCCGCCCGGCCAACGCAGCGGCCUCCUUGGUGUUGGCCCUGUGUCGUGCUCAGGCCUUGCUUGAAGCACCGACACUCCGAAGUGAGCGUGAAGACUCUGCCGUCAAUCGCGAUGUGAUCGAGCUGGUCACACGAGCGGAAGAGCUUAUCAAAGACUACAGUUGGGACGAGGGCUUUGUCUUCGGGCGGCUUGUGGGAAGCCCAUGGAACUUCUGGUGGCUGCUGAAGCUCCUGCAGGAGGCUAUGGAGCAGAUCUUCCCCAUGAUGAUGUAG